CCCUCAGCCAAUCGGGGGCUUUCUUUUGAGGCCGAUUGACUCGGGAGUUCCCAAAGGGUCUUUAUAUUUUAAAGGAGCCUCAUGCUUGGGGAAGGGAAGCGGCCCCGGUCGAUGCGGGAAUCGGGAUCCUGACGGCUGAAGCGAUGAAGUCUGGAUGUUACUCCGGGAGCAGAGCCGAGUCCUGGGCAUGGAGGCGGCUCUGCUGCUGGGCUCUGCUGCUCUUGGGCCUCUGCUGCUGGGAGGCGAGUGGGGUGGCCACACCCGAUCAGGUGAAACCCAUAAUCACCAUGGAGCAGUUGCUAUGGGUGAGCGGCAGUGUGAUUGGGGAGGUGAACACGUUCAGGAUCCCCCUCAUCGCAGCGACACCUCGGGGUACCCUCUUGGCCUUUUCCGAAGCUCGAAAAUACUCUGCUUCUGACCUGGGAGCUAAAUUCAUCGCCCUUCGCAGAUCACAGGACAAAGGAGCCACAUGGAGCCCAACUUCGUUCAUAGUUGACGAUCGUUCCCUGACAGAUGGGCUCAACCUUGGUGCUGUGGUAGUUGACUCAGAAAAAGACAUUGUGUUCCUGAUCUACACUCUCUGUGCCCACUACAACCUAUGUUCCGUUGCAAGCACUAUGAUCAUUCGCAGCCGUGACGACGGGGUCACGUGGAGCAUUCCCAGGAACCUUUCUGAAGAGGUUGGCACAACCGUGUUUGCUCCUGGACCCGGCUAUGGCAUCCAGAAACGUCACGAGCCCAAGAAAGGCCGCUUGAUUGUCUGUGGUCAUGGGAUGAAGGACCGGGAUGGGGUCUUGUGUCUUCUCAGCGAUGACCACGGUUGGACGUGGCGGUAUGGGCGGCAACCCUUGCACGGCAUCCCUUAUGGUGGAGCAAAACGUUACAGUGACUUCAAUCCUGAUGAAUGCCAAGUGGGUGUGAUCCUAAACGCAGGACAAUUUGCUCCCUACGAACUGCCAGAUGGCUCUGUGGUGAUCAACGCCAGGAAUCAGAACUUCUACCACUGCAGCUGCCGGAUAGUGGUGCACAGCUACGAUGCUUGUGACACCCUUCCGCUGGAGAACGUGACCUUUGACGAGACCUUGGUGGACCCAGCUGUGGCUGCUGGGGCCCUUGUCAAAUCUGGCCUCGUCUUCUUCACCAACCCAGCCCACGAGAAAGAACGAGUCAACAUGACACUGCGCUGGAGUUUCACCAAUGGCUCGUCGUGGUGGAAAGAGGCCUUGCAGAUUUGGGGCGGUGCCAGCGGUUACUCCUCCAUGACGGCAUUAGAUGGGACAGAGCCAGACGAUGCCCACAGCCUCUUUGUCAUUUAUGAGAAGGGCCAGGUUGAGACCACCGAAAGCAUCUCCGUGGCCAAGAUCAGCAUCAACGGGAAGCUCUGACCACACAGGGUGUCCUCUGCCAGAUCCGGUUCCCUGUGUGCCUUUGUCAGUCCUGACCCUUGGCAGGGCUAGGAUAGAAGGGAAUUUGAACUGGGAUCUAAGGGAGAGCCCCAGUUCAAUGGGAACUCUCCAACUAGGACUGGUGGGGAGGAUGAACAGUUGUGAGCCAAGGGCAUUGGCAGAGCUUGGGGGACCACCAGCCGCUGUCAAAGAAGGGCCUAAGGGGGUUGAGUGUCUGUCCUUCAGUCAUUUCCUCUCCUCUCUGUAUGCCUGCCCACAGGGACGCCAUGAGGGCAAAGCCUUUUCCUCCCCCUUUUACCAUGAUGCUGAGGCUGGCCGUCCUACCCUACCUCAGAAGCACUCCUGACUUUAGAUGUUGCUAUUGGAUUUCUGGGUAGAGGGACAGAGGUGAGGGGUGGGCUGGGGUAAGCAGGAGAUAAGAGGAAGGAAGUCAGAGAAUGAGUACCAAUAGACGUUCAGCCUGUACUUGAUUAUCAUUGGUAGAUUCAAAACAAAAAGAAGAAAACUGUCAAGAUUUGUAGCAAAUAAAUUAAUUAUGCACUUUC